GGAAAAAAAAAAAAAAAUGACACAGGCUAUUAUAUCCUUAAUUUCAAAUAAACAGUCCAUCUGUUUACCUAUCAAUAACUAUAAUAAUACAACAACAGAACAAUUAAAGACAACAUUAGAAACUUUAACUUCUAUACCUGCAAAAGAUCAAGUAUUACGUACACUCAAUGGACAAUUCUUGCUGGAUCAUGAAUCCAUUGAUUGUAGCCAUGAAUUCUUGUUUAUUGAAAUGUCAGGCAGGUUACUGGGUGGUAAAGGUGGUUUCGGUUCCAUGUUACGUGCUCAAGGAGGACGAAUGAAUGCACAAAAGACAACUAAUUUUGAGGCUUGUAGAGAUUUACAGGGCAGACGAAUUCGUGCUGUUAAUGAAGCGAAAAAGUAAAGUCUAUUCAUUUACAUGAAUAUAUUCAUCUUUAACCUCUUUAUAAAUAUUACAAGAAGAAUUAGAAAAACUUCCAGAAAUAGAAGCAGAAAAAAGAGAAAAAUUGAA